AUGUUGCGCCCGGCUACCCCCCUAUCCAUACUAUUCUUUGCCGCCUUUGUGCUCCUGUUAUUGUCGACAUUAUCCACGCCUCUUAUCAAGAGCAUUCCUCUCGCUACCUACCGCGGCAUCCACUUUGGCGUCCUGGGCUACUGCGAAAAUGGCGAGUCAGCCUGUCAAGGGCCCAUGGUGGGCUACAACACUGAUGAAAAGAACUCCGACUUCUCGCUGCCUUCAGCCCAGCGCCAUGCCCUCUCCUCGAUCCUUAUUGUCCAUCCAGUCGCUGCCCUCAUGACGCUCAUUUGCUUUGGCCUUUCCGUCGCCGCCCACUUCCACUCGCCAGCCCAUUCGCCCCGCUACCUUCUCGCUCUGCUCAUCUUCACCUUCCCGACCCUCCUGGUCUCGCUACUGGCUUUCCUCGUCGACAUUUUGUUGUUUGUUCCCCAUGUAGGCUGGGGCGGAUGGAUUGUGUUGGGAGCUACUGUCAUUAUUGUCGCAAGUGGGAUUGUAACAUGCGCCAUGAGGCGCACAUUGGUUAGCCGCAAGGCGAGGAAGAGGCGCAUCGCUGAGAAUGAUGAGAUGAACGGGUCAACUUACUACGCCAACCGCGCCCAAGCAACACUAAGCACAGAGUACCCCAAAGCCGAGUCGCCGCCCCCAUGCCCUACCGAACCAAUGGACUUUGGUUCCAAGCCAAACGAAAACGCUGCCUACUUCGACUCGUCCAAGCCCUCGCCACCAGAGGACACGCUGCCUUUGAACCAACGCAAUCCCUCGCUGAAGACAGUCAGCAGUGCCGGAGGAGCUAGCUCGGACAAUGUAAACUCGCUAAACCGUGGUCCUUCCGGUCGUCGGGCACCAGUGGACCAAUAUGGCAAUCCCAUUCCACCCAUGCCAAUGCCAAACGAUAGCUACGCUAUGAUGAAUGGAGCACCGCGCGGCAGAGGAGGUCCAUACCGGGGCCGAGGAGGGCCUCCACGAGGUGGGCCUGGUGGACCUGGCAUGUACGGUCCUCCAAGGGGAGGAGGAUUUGGACCACCAAGAGGAGGUAUGCGCGGACCGCCGCCGCCAGGUUGGAACGGUGGUGGACGAGGUGGAAGGCCUCCAAAUGGUCCUCCCAUGCAAGGCCCGCCAAUGGGUCGAGGUGCUCCUCCUCCAGGAUACAACAACUCCAACUUCUACAACCAAGGACCACCGCCGCGCGACCAAUCACCAUAUGGAAGGGGCCCACCACCAGGCCCGCCAGGUCAAAUGCCACAGGACAUAGGCCAGGCGAUUGAGAUGGAUAACCGCUCAGGCGCACCUCCGGCUGCAGGGAACUAUGGUCUCAGGGAAAGCGACGACGAUGUUGCAGGUAUGCUCGCUCUUCAACAAGGGGGAUUCCCCGCUGGCGCACCUCAAAGGCGGCAAGAUAAUGGCCUAAUGAGCCCGACCAGCGACUAUGGAGAUAAUCAAGAGCAAUUCCGACGAUCACCUCAACCGCAACAGCCACAACAACAGCAGCAACAGCCGCAACAGCAACAACAACAGCAGUACAUGCCGGUACGGGCAGGGUGGAACCAGCAACAGAACUCAUCCGAUCAAUCCCUCGGCGCUCCAAACAACAACAGUCGUGGCUUGUCUCCGAUUAUGGAUUCACCUGUCGAACUGCCCGCUCAACUAUCCAACGUUAGGCCAGACCGUAGCUCGGAUUACUACGAAGACGUAGAUCCCAGAUUCGCAGAGCCUGUACACACACAACCUCCACCACCGCUGCCCAAUUCGCUUAGACCAGGCGGCUUCGCACCUCCCAACCCGCAAUUUCUUUCCACAAACAACUUGAGUGACAGUAAUCUUCCGCGCAACAGCUCUUACGACGAUCUCCCAGAUGGCUCGCGGUCACCUGCCGCAAGUGAAGCAUCACAUUUCACCUCUGUUUCACAACGGCCUGUGAACCCCAACUGGCGGCCUGAAAUGGGUGCUCCAGCCGGCCAAUUCGCCCCCUUCCCCGGCCAGCAACGGAGACCCAUGCGUCCCGAAGAUGUAAUCUUAGAGGCCAACGCCGCAAACCCAGACUUUAUGAUACCAGGCGCUGGGCGCGGAAGGGGACGAGGCGGCGGUGGCAGGGGCAGAGGAAGAGGCGGUGCCAUGAUGAUGCCUCCUACUAUGAUGGGCGCGGCCCCGUCGAGAUACCCCGGCGCCAGUGCCAUGUAG